CAGUGUUUGUAAUAUAUAAUAUUUGUUUUGUAACCGAUUUUGUUUGAAAAAUAUUUGUGAUUAAAUUCAAUUCUCCAGUGAAAAUAACUCGAAUCGAUCGAAAAUCUGCGAAAUAGAAUUUUUGUCGAGAGUGAAGCAAACGAGAGAAAAUAAAAGAAGAAGUUGAAUUCAAAUAAAAGAAAAGAAAAAAUUGGAAAUCAUUGAAUGAAAAUCGGUUCAAUUGUGAAUUGAAGAAGAAAUCUAUAGAUGAAGUUUUGGUGUGCAAACUUAGAGAAACAAAAUAAAUAUAUAUAAAAAAAAGAAGAUAGACGAGCAUUGAAAAGAGAUCAGGAACUGACAAACAAAAAUAAAAGAAUCAUUGUGGAGUUUUGUUUGUGCACUUGAGAAAAUAUAAAUCAAAGUGUGACUCAAUAUAAAAGUGGCCCGAGUAAAACUGAAUUUAUAGUUUGAAAAGUAUAUACAAUUUAUUGUUGACAAUUAAAAAAAAUAUUUAUGAAAUAAAAAGGCCAAACAAGAAAUUAAACAUUGUGUCAGCACCAACGGUUAACAACAACAGAAAGGAAGAGAAUACAAACGACUGACAAAAAUGUCUAUGAAACAAAUUUUCAAAGAAGUGAUAUGACAACUCUGAUAAUAGCAACUUGAACUCAACCAACAAUUGUUUGUGCAGAACAUUUUCAGUGUUUAUAUGUUAUAAUAGCACAGUGUGAUUUAUGGAAAGAAAUCAAAAUCCGAAAAAAAAAGACGAAAGAAAGUCUAAAUAUAAAGCACUUAUACAAUAUACACAUAGACGCUGAUAAACGACGUCAACAACAAUAACAACAAUUAUCGCAUACUCGAUACUUUUUUUUCUUUUCAUUCUUGUCAAAUCGUUUUAUUGCAUCUGCAAUGUUAGAGCAUACUCGAACAAUUUUAAUGCAUUUCAGACAUGCAAUAUUUACAAAUGAAAACCAUACUGCCAUAUCGAAUUAAAUGCACUGCAAUUAAGCUGAAAAUUGCAUCAAUCCAUCUAUAACAUGUAUAUACAGCCAAAAUAAACAGUAAAAACGACGACCAAAACUUGAAAACUCUAAUUGAAUGUGUUUUGAAAAGCUGUGUGACAUCAUAUGGGGACAGAGAGUUUUGUGCAUACAACAAGAGAUAAAGAGAAAGACACCGACAACAAAAAAGUAACAUAAACAUUGCGAAGAAAAACUUUUUGAUAGCGCAUACAAAAGUCAGAUAACAGCAACAUUACUAUAACAAAACGACGACAAAGUUUUAAGAGCAUCGACCAACAGCAACAAAAAUGAUUUAAUAUAAACGCUUGAAUAAAAAGAAUAUAAAAAAAGAACGAACGACAGAAACAAUCAAAAUUCAAAUGCGAUCAACGUCGAAAAAAACUCAACAACAACAGCAACAAAUCUCAAAUUUAUCCAAACGGUAAUGAUAUAGAGAGAAAAAAAAGAACCGAGAGAAUAAAAAAACUAACAACGACAUAAAUAUUUAUUUCGUCGGUAUUUGGUGGUAUUUAAAAUAUAUACAACAAGAAAAAAAAGAGUGAACGCGAUACAACGUUUUAUGUGCACGCAUGUUGAAAUCUAUAGAGAUAGACACGUCGCACCGAAAUUAAAUGAGCCAAACUAAUAAAAUCUACAAUCGAUCGAUGUCUAUGCCAUGAGAUCGAUAUAAUUACCAUCUGGGAAUCUACAGAGAUAGAUCGAAAGAAAAGAAACAAAAAUCACCAACAACAACAACACACGAAAAGUUAUACAAUUUUUGUUUAGUUUGGAUUUUAUUUCGUUCAUCUCUUGAGAACGACGAGAAAAAUUCAAUAAAUAAAAAAGCGAAGGAAAGAAAGCCGCAUCGAGAGAAGAAAAAAGAGAAUUGCACGACAAAUCUCAAUAAGAAAUAUAUCCAAAAGAGGUAGAAAAGGCACAACGCGGGCAAAACUAAAAUAUUUUGUCGUUUUUUUUUUCUUUUCGAGAGAAGAAAAAAUCCAACACAUACAUAGAUCCGAAAAAAGAAAGAAGGCCAAACUGAAGAACUGUGAUUUGUUUCUCUCUUCAUUCGUUUUCGGCUAGUUUAUUUUAUUUGUCUAUGCACUGCACCGAGGCAAACCUACGAUGAGUGCUUACCAGUCAAAAAACCAAACUGAAAACGCAAUAUAAAAAGGCACCAUAGACACAGAAAAAGAAGCCGAGGAAAACAGAGAAUAUAUAGAGGAACAAAAAAAAAUACAGUUUUUUUUUUCGUGCGUUUGACUUUCGAGUGUGUUGAUUCAGUUUCAACUGCUCUUUAUUUUUACCAUUCGCUGUGUUUGAAUUCACAUCAAAACUCAACAUUGAGACACAGACGAGAGAGCGAAAAAAAAUAAUAAUAACGAAAACGAAAAAAGGCAUUCAAUCUCUACCGAAAAUAAAGCAGAGAAUGAACAAAAAAUCACGUAUGGAGAAAAAAAAUCGACUGAAGGAUUGAAGGAGUACACUCUCACAUACACGAUAUAUAGAAGAAGAAUCUCAGCAUCGACCAGAAAACAGAAAACGACACAACGAAAGAAGAAGAAUACCAAUCAACAACAAAAAAGAAGCUACAUCAAGGCAAAACUUAUUUUUGGGUGUUGAGAAAAACGUAUAUCUGAAUUCUAAGAACGAAAGAAAAUAAAGUGAAAAAAGACAUUGAUAUUGUGUUGCCUAUGUUGCAUUCCACAUAUUUUAUGCAUUUUAGAGUGCAAAAUUCAUAACGAGAAAAAUACACUCAAGAGGAAAUUUUAUUCGGUUUGUGUAACACAAUACCGAAAAAUCACUUCAAACUCACAACCACACACAAAAACACACACACACACAGACACAAUGAUGACAUCGUCAAAGCAAAUAUUCAGUGUGAUACUGGCAAUUUGUCUGUGCAUCACAUUAGUUACAGCCCGUUCAUCUUUAUUGGGACGAGCGGAUGCAGCACCGCGCGGUUGUAAAUGGCAACGAUUGCCCGGCACCGACGCCUCAAAUGACACAUCUAACGUAAAGCAUAUGCUUCAAUGUAAAUUAAGGACAAUUAGCGGUAUUGAUAAUUUACUUAGUAAUUUAAGUGUAUACCAAACGGAUCGCAUCUCGGCCAUGCGACUUGAAUGCAGUGACGUUUUAUUUUUUGAAAGUUCACUGGAAACAAACAGCCAACAUGCGGGCGUUUUUCUAAGCGCAUUACGUAAUUUAAAUAAUUUAACCAUAGAAUUUUGUAAAAUUCGAUAUGUACCAUCAAUGGUAUUGCAAGGUUUACGUAAUCUACGAAUAUUAUCGCUGCGAACGCAUAAUUCCGACUGGAGCCCAAUGAAUUUGGAAUUGCAUCCGGAAUGCUUUCGUGGCCUAACUGAAUUACAAGAUUUAGAUUUAUCCGACAAUAAUAUUUGGAGUUUGCCAACGGAAGUAUUUUGCCCGUUGUAUUCACUAAAACAUUUGAAUUUAACAAAAAAUCGUCUCACCGAUAUCGCUCAAUUGGGCUUUGCUGGCUACGGUAGUGGUUCAUCAACGCCAGGCAAAGCAUGCAACACCGGUUUGGAAGUGCUCGAUUUAUCACACAACGACAUUUCAUCGUUGCCCGACAACGGAUUGUCAGCAUUACGAUCGCUCACAACACUUAUGCUGCAGGAGAAUUUACUUAUUGAGAUUGGCGAUCACGCACUGAACGGUCUACAAUCACUUAACAUAUUGAAUAUUUCAAGCAAUCGAUUAGUUGCAUUGCCACGAGUGUUAUUCCAUUCAUCACCACAGCUCACGCAAUUGUAUUUACAAAAUAACACAUUGGCAGCCUUGGCACCUGGUUUACUCGAACGUCUUGAACAUUUAGAAGUAUUGGAUUUAUCGCAAAACGAUCUCACAUCAACAUGGAUCAAUGGCGAAACAUUUGCCGGAUUGAUGCGUUUGGUCGUUCUAAAUUUGGGACACAAUUCACUUAUGAAAAUCGAUCAAUUCGUAUUCCGUGGCUUGUACAGUUUACAAAUAUUACAUUUGGAUCACAAUGACAUCGAUACUAUUGAUUCGGGUGCAUUUGUUGAUUUGAAAAAUUUGCACGCCCUAACACUGUCAUCGAACAAUUUGAAACGCAUCGAACCAUACCAUUUUACCGAAUUGUACGUGCUGAACCAGCUAUUUUUGGAAUCAAAUAAAAUCGAAUCGAUCGACGACAAUGCAUUCGAAAAUCUCACCAAUUUGAAUGAUCUUAGUUUGAAUGACAAUUCACUCAACGAAAUACCGAGCUGCUUGCAGAAAUUGCAUUUCCUCAAAUCAUUGGAUUUGGGCAAAAAUCGCAUUGAAACACUACACAACGACUCAUUUGAUGGAUUGAAACGACUAUUGGGAUUGCGUUUAGUCGAUAAUCAACUAACAACCAUCGCCCGAGACACAUUCAUUAAAUUGUCAUCGAUUCAUGUACUGAAUCUAGCAUCAAAUCAAAUCAAACAAAUCGAUCAGUCGGCGUUUAGCUCGAAUCCAACAUUGCGUGCCAUUCGUUUAGAUAAUAAUCAAAUUCAAGAUAUAUCGAGUGUGUUUACAUCGUUGCCAGACCUUGUGUGGCUCAACGUAUCCGAUAACAAUAUACAUCAGUUCGAUUACAGUCAUUUGCCGGCAUCACUUGAAUGGCUCGACAUCCAUAAAAACAAUUUAUCGCGAUUGGGCAACUAUUUCGAUGUACGCAAUAUCACGCAAAUCAAAAUGCUCGAUGUUUCGUACAAUAAUUUGGCUCGCAUCGAUGAUUCCAGCAUACCGAACAGUAUUCAAACAUUAUAUUUGAAUAAUAAUAAAAUUCGUGAGGUCGCACCAGGUACGUUUUUAAAGAAACGACAUUUAGAAAAGGUCGUAUUGUAUGGCAACCAAAUACGUGAAUUGGACAUUUCGGCAUUUGCAUUGAAUCCAAUAUCCGAUGUUAAAGAGAUGCCACAAUUUUAUAUUGGCGAUAAUUUGAUUCAUUGCGAUUGUCAUAUGGAAUGGUUGCAACGCAUUAACGAAUUAAGCCAUUUGCGCCAACAUCCACGAGUACUUGAUUUAGACUUGGUUAUGUGCACCAUGGAACACGAGCGCAAUGGUGUUGCGGUUGUACGACCGCUAAUGGAUUUAAAACCACAAGAUUUCCUAUGCAAAUACGAAAGUCACUGUUUUGCCUUGUGCAAUUGCUGUGAAUUUGAAGCGUGCGAUUGCAAAAUGACCUGUCCCGAUCGUUGUACAUGCUAUCAUGAUCAUACAUGGAGCGCAAAUGUUGUUGAUUGCGGUAAUGCUGGCUACACCAAAGUACCCGAACGUUUGCCAAUGGAUGCGACAACAAUAUUCUUGGAUGGCAACGAUUUGGGCGAUCUGUCGAGUCACAUGUUUAUUGGAAAACGAAAAUUGGAACAAUUGUACUUAAAUGAUAGCAAAAUUUUGAGCUUACACAAUCGCACAUUUAACGGUGUGCCAAGCUUAAAAGUUUUACAUUUGGAAAAUAAUCAAAUCGAAGAGUUGCGCGGAUUUGAAUUCGAUCAAUUGAAAAAUUUGAAUGAAUUGUACUUGAGCGAAAAUGCGAUUGGACACAUUGGCAACAAUACAUUUGGAUCGUUGAAAAAAUUGGAAGUUUUAGCGCUAAAUCAUAAUAAAAUCACGAAUUUUGCACCAUGGCAUCAAUUGACAUCCGCAUACGAGGCCGGUUCAUUGUCACAAUUAUUGUUGGAGGGAAAUCGUUGGCGAUGCGACUGUGAAAAUCUACUAAAACUUAGCGAAUGGAUCAAAGAGUUCCAGGGUGAAUUUGAUGUUACCCGAAUGAUGUGCGUCGAUAAACGUUACGUUGGCGAAAUGAUCAAGCAUUGCGAAGAAGCACUUGAAAAUGGUAGCGCAACAUCGGCUGUUCAACGUACGGUCAUUGGAAAUGGUUUAAUCGGUGGCAAUUAUGUGCCAUUGUUGGCUGCUGUUCUCGUUUCAAUCAUUGGCGCCGGCCUAUUGAUCGCAUUAGUCUGUGUAUUGCGACAAGAUUUCCGUUUGUGGGCACACGCAAAAUAUGGCAUACGUCUAUUCAAAGAUCCAACUCAAACACCGGGCAAAAGUGGCGCUGAAGAAGGAGACCAAUUGUAUGAUGCUUACUUUGUUUACAGUAUUCACGAUUCAGAUUUUGUACUACAAGUCAUCGCAUCCGAAUUACACAAUAGCGGCUACAAUUUAUGCUUGCAUCAUCGUGACAUUCAUUCGUCGGCAUAUCUGAACGAUUCAUUACAAAGUGCGGCCGAUAUAUCGAAAAAAAUCAUCAUCGUCGUAUCGAUGGCAUUCUUACAAAAUGAAUGGUCACAGCCAACAUUCCGUUUGGCAUUACAAUCGGUCAUCGAAAAUAUUCGUCCAUCGUAUCGUCGUCAUAAAAUUGCGCUCAUUUUAACCGCACCACUUGAGCUUAUCGUUAUGGAUGCUACAAUGCAAUUAUUGGUACAAACAUGCCCAGUCAUUUGCUGGGGUGAGAAACGAUGCUGGGAUAAAAUUCGAUUUGCAUUACCCGAUCUACCAUCGCAUAAUCGUUCAAUCAAAAAAUUGGGCACCGUAUCGCGCAGCCCAAAUUUACGCUAUACACCAGCACCAACAACACUUGAUUCAUGGUGUAAAAAUCAUCCCGGUUUCGCUGUGCCAAUGAACAAUGCCACAAAUAUUAGCAUGGAAGUGGUUGAACAAAUGCACCAACAAGCCCAACAGCAUCAGCAACACCAACAACAACACCAUCAACAGCAACAUCAACAGAAAUUGACACAGGAUCAACUGUCACUAUCACCAAUUUCACUGUCACGUCAAUCAAAUGCGGCCACAUCACCAUCGCAUAGCAUGAGCAUCACCGAAGAUGAACUGUCUUGUACAUCGUCUCACUACGAACCAACAGCCACAUUACAGCAACAAACAAACUACGUAUGUCGUUCGACCGCCUCAUCGCUCGGCCAUGUCUAUUCAACGAUACCAGAAACACCGCAAAUGAAUCGAAAUGGUCGUGCUUACUUCGUCUAAGGUGCGUGCACAAAAAGCAAAUAGGCAUACAGCAUAAAAAUAAACUACGCAUUUAUAUUAUACCCGAGCCACAUCCACAAGGCUACUCCAGUCACGGUAAUCAUACUCUAAAAGAAUAUUUAUUUGAAAAGUAAAAAAGAAAAAAAAACGAAAAAAAUUAACCAUUUCAUGUUUUUCACCAUAUACGUAACCCAUAAAUGUGUAUAGUUUAGUCGAAAUCAAAAAAAAAUCCUUUCUAUUUUCCUUCCGUUUUCAUUUUUUUUCAUGCAAACAAAGAAAUUAAAAAAAAAAACUAUAUUUUUCAUUCACUUUAAUCGAAUACAAGACACAUACUCUUUUUGUGACACACGCACACACACACAAACUAUACUUGAAAUGAAAAUAAUAUUGCUAAUGUAUAAGAAAUACAAAACCGAAGUAACUAUUAAUUAGAAUCACAGGGAAGAGAUACGCGUUCUUUUUAUUUCAUGUUCUGUCUGUAGUUUUGUAGUUUUCCUGUGUUUAUAUCGAUUUUUGUUUUCCUUUUUGUUUGAGACACAGAGUGCAAAGAGUAAAAACACCUGUUAUAUGUAACCAUGUAUUUGACUACACAUUUGCGCAAAUUGAUGAACAAGUUAUUUGAAGCCAUUGACCAUCGCCAUCGCCAUCGACUCGAUGGUGGAUUAAAUCAAUGAGCCCAAACAUUAUAGCCAUCGAUUUUGCAGUGUGUAGCGAACAUGUUUUUUUAUUAAAUCGACCUUAUCGUUUCUCUGGAAUCUUGAGCAACAACAACAGCAAGAAAAAUUAAAGAAACGCUCAAAUUUGGAUAUAUAUAACAUUUAAGAAACACCCCCUUUUUUAACUUACACCUAACAACAAAUAUUUGCUACCUGAAUCGGAACAAAAUCAAAAAAAAAAUACACACGCCAUCAAUUUUAUAAAGAGCAACGUAUUUCAUGCAUAGAACCUCAUACUUUAUCGAAAUGACUACCGAAUUCAAAGUAGUUUUUUUUUUGUUCUUCGCAUCGAAAAUCGAUUGUUUUGGUUUCGUUUUGGAUUAACAUGUUCAAAAUUUCACUGAAUCAUCGGUUUUUAUUCUGUCGUGAAUAUUCAAAUUCGUUGACAGUUGUUUUUUUUUUUCUUUCUUUCUGUUCGUGUCAAUGUUUCGUUGACAAAACACGAAACAUAAAUAUAAAAUCGAUUGUAAUCAGUAGUCCAUAUCAAUUCACUUUAUCGUAUUUAAUCAGUUUCGAUAAUUUAUUACGCGACUUCAUAUUUGACAAGCAAUUUUCCACAAUCGUCAACGCAUCUCAUCGUCUAUAUAUGCUAAUAUAAAAUGACUGAAAUCACUUAGAUAAUAACAAUACGAUUUAAACGGUUAUUAAGUGUUCACGUGUAAAGCGUUUUCGUUUUUCGAUUUUUAUUUUUUUUUAUUUAAUUUUGCUUCAAUUUUAUUCUGAGCAUUUAUUUUUGGAAUCGUUGACGAAUGGGAAAUGUUUCAAUCAAAUCGGUGGUGUGUAAAAUUGUCUCCAAUUUGAAAAUCACCUACGAAAAUUGUCCCGGCUCCAUUAAAUAUUCAACUCGUUGGAAUUUUUAAUUGCUACUUCUCUCACAUUCCGAUUCAGUUUGGCAUUUCAAUGGGAACAAAAAUUCGAUUGACACACACGAGAACGAAUGAAAUAAAACGAAUAUAGAAAAUAACGGAACAAUUCAUUUAACUAAUUUGUUGUGUGUUUCUUUUUAUUUUCUCAUCAAAUUGAGACUCAGAUUGUUUAAUAAUUGAUAAAAAAAAGAUGUGCUUACACCAUAUAUGAAUAAAAUAUAUAUAGAACAAAAAGAGUUUCGGUGUCAUUACUAUUUGUAAAUGUAAUGAAAAUACACACAGUAGAACACCCCGAACGAAAAAGUGAUAGGAUUUAUACAUUGUAAUCAAUUAAUCUAAUUGUACUGCCAUUUGCCACACCAUAUGACUGCCACAAACAUACAAUAGAAAAAAAUGAAAAUAUACACGCGCGCAUUCACUGUAAU